AUGCGACCCAUUCACCUCAUUUCGUUGGGGAUUAUUGCACUCUGCGAUUGUCAAGUGUUGGAAAAAUCGCGAUCGGUUUGGGUUGAGCAAGGGCUUGUCAGGGGUAGCAUUUACAACAUUGAUGGGAAGCAUAUCCAAAUUUUUCGCGGAAUCCCAUAUGCCGAGCCGCCUCUUGGUGAAUUGAGAUUCAAGAAGCCUGUUAAGAAGGCUCGAUGGCAUCAAGAGUUGUCAGCUGUUGAGUAUGGACCGCCGUGCUUGCAAUUCAUGGAUUUUCAUAAGAAUGAUAGAUUUGCCAAGGCAAAUAUGGAACGACAAAGUGAAGAUUGCCUCUAUUUAAAUGUUUUCAGUCCAUAUGAUCUCGAUGAUGAAUCGAAAACCUAUCCAAUUCUCGUAUGGAUUCAUGGUGGAUCAUUUCUCGCCGGCUCAGCAGACACCGGAAUCGAAAUGGAAACGGUUGCGAAGAAUCUGGUGGCUAAAGGAAUCACCUUCGUGUCCAUCAACUAUCGCUUAGGACCAUUGGGAUUUUUAGUUAGCCAAAAUGGUGAUAAGCUAGAAGGCAAUUAUGGCAUAUGGGAUAUGGUUAUGGCUUUACAGUGGAUUCAAGCCAAUAUGAAACAGUUUAAUGGUGAUCCUACAAAGGUUACCGUAAUUGGGGAGAGUGCUGGUGGAGCUGCUGCAAGUCUUCUCGCGUUAUCGCCAAAAACGGAAGGGCUUCUUCAUCAAGCCAUUGUGAUGAGCGGAUCUGCUUUAGCCGGUUGGGCUCUUCACCGCCAUAGCCAACCUGCAUAUUCCGUGGACAACAUCGUGUCAUAUCUCAGAUGCGAAAAAUGGAUCAAUGAAGAAGAGACUAUGGAGAUUGUUGGUGACGAAUAUCAUUUGAUGGUCGGAUCGGAUUUGAAAAAAACCGUUUGCAACUUCCAAGAGGUCAAGGUGAAAUGUCUGACGGACGAUAUGAGCCAAAUGCAACAAGUUGAUUGUCUUCGUCGAGAACUGAAUUUCACUUCAGCAUUCUUUCGAAAAGCGCUUUCAGCAGAACUAGGUGUAUCGAAAAUGGUAGUCGAUGGCGAUUUGAUCCCAGUUGCUGGCGUUGAGCUCGCCGAGCAAUACUCAAAAGUUCCUAUUAUGACAGGUGUUGCACGAAAGGAAUGGGGACAUAAGAAAUCGCUUUUUUAUAAUAUGCAUCAGCGGGAUGUUUUAACAAGAGAAGAGGUAGAGGAGCAGGUUUACCGGGUCAUCGACAAUAGCUUCCAUGAGUCGGCAUCAGAAAAAUUGUCAAAUUCAACAAUUCAAUUACUUGCAAAUGCCACCAUGGUUCGGUACGUUGAAAAAGCAAAAAGUGGGUUCCCAGCAAACCAUGUGGUGUCAUCAUUGCAAAAGCUUGAAAGUGAUAUUGAAUUUGUUGCUCCCUGCCAUCGCGAAGUAGCGGGCUAUGCGAAACAAGGCCUUCCUGUCUUCUUAUAUUCAUUCGACUAUGUCCCAGAGGGCAAAAUUAUCGAAACUGAAAAGAAGAUCUAUCGUUUAUUCGGGGACAAUCCGAUUGAAAUGAAACGCACUGAGAAAGAUGAGACGGCGCCAAAAGCGGCAUUCCAUGGACUGGAUCACGCGUUUAUCUUCUCCAGAGGAUAUAGUAGCAAUUUCGAAAUAAUGCCGUAUUCGAAGAGAGAUGAAGCCAUGUCAAAAAUCCUAUGCACUAUGAUUACAAAUUUUGUCAAAAAGGGUGAUCCGUCGCUUCAAAAGUUUACUUGGCCCAUUUACACAGCGAACAACACUCAACAUAUAUCUAUCAAUAUUCCAUUGAAAGUAAUUGAUGGAGACAUUCAUUGGCCGGACCCACAAUUCUGGAAUAUUGAAGCUGAUCUUAUCACUGGCUAUAUUGCCAAAGAUAGCGAAACGGUUCUUGAUCCUGAUGCCGAUCUUACAAACGAGGAACGCGUUCAGCUUUCUGCGUACCGCCGAUCAUGGUACGCACUUUGGGUGCUCGUCAUCAUUCUAUCGAUUUUGAUCUGGGCGUUCGUUGCCUAUUGCACCUAUCAAAAAUCGCAAAGCGGACGAAGCAAACCCUAUGAUAAUAUUUUGUUGUCAAAUUAA